CGAUUUAUAAAAGCGUAGAACACUAUUCAACUUGUUUUGCAGUUAUUUUCUUCCAUCAAACGAAAUAAGCAACAUUUAAACAAAGCUAAUAUGCUUAAUUUGCAAGCUUACGCUAGCGGUAGCAGCAGUACCGGUAGCAGUGACGAUUCCGACCAGGAGGACCCUAAAAGAAAAUGCAUACGGCCGAAGGAGGAAGAGCUAGCACAUCUAAAACCUGUGGUGGACAGUUCGCUAUCGGUUGCUAAAACACUGCAAAUUUGUGCCGCUCCUAUUGUGAUACCAACGGGUCAAGCAGAAGUUGCGCGAAUGCUGGCUCCGACAACUAACGAGUUGUCCUACAAUCCACGGUACGAGGAACUAUUUGCUCCAGUUGCUGGACCAGCCAAUCCUUUCUUAACGGAACAGAUGAAAGCACCGAAGAACACCCUAACUGGAUUCGUCGAAUCCGCCCAUAUAAGCGACUUUCAGUUUGAAAACCAGCGUAAAACUUUCCACAGCUACGGGUAUGCACUGGAUCCUUCUGUCGAUGCUAAUAACGGUGCUGGAUCCGAGGAAGGUCCAAGUUAUGUUGGCCACUUACAGGCAGCUUACGACACGGAAGGCAAAACUGUAUUCGAGUCUUCGAAGGCUAAUCGAGCCGGGGAUAAAAGAAAACGACUAAAAAACGAUAACCCCGAAGACGUUGAAGGUUUCCUUGGUCCCUGGGGUAAAUUUGAGGACGAACAGACGGUGGCACGACCCACCGAACAAGAACGUGCCGAGUUGGAAGAAAUGAUGGCGAAAAAGCAACACCGAAACCGCGUAACCGAGGAUAAACCCAUCGAAGAGAAGUCAGUGCUACAUAUUAAGGAUUCUGUCGAUUAUCAGGGUCGAUCGUUUCUUCAUCCACCGCAUGAUGUGGGCGUUAAUUUACGCAAAACCGGUGCACCAGACCGAUGCUUUCUGCCGAAGGCACACAUCCACACCUGGACCGGUCACACGAAGGGCAUUUCUGCGAUUCGGUGGUUUCCCAAAUCGGCCCAUCUGCUGCUGUCCUGCAGUAUGGAUGCUCGAGUCAAGCUGUGGGAGGUGUACAAUGAGCGUCGCUGUGUACGGACGUAUUCCGGCCAUCGGCAAGCCGUACGGGAUGUCAGUUUCAACAAUCGGGGCGAUAAAUUCGUAUCGGCUGGUUACGAUCGCUAUCUUAAACUUUGGGAUACGGAAACGGGUGACGUCAUUUCACGUUUCAGUUCUCGUAAGAUACCGUUCUGUGUAAAGUUUCAUCCAGACUUUAACAAACAGCACUUGUUUGUGGCUGGAACAUCCGACAAAAAGAUUAUUUGUUGGGACACUCGCAGCGGAGACAUCGUUCAGGAGUAUGAUCGACAUUUGGGCGCUGUUAACACGAUCACGUUUGUGGACGAGAACCGUCGUUUCGUGACCACAUCAGAUGACAAAAGUCUACGCGUGUGGGAGUGGGACAUUCCGGUCGAUAUGAAGUACAUCGCGGACCCGACGAUGCACUCGAUGCCGGCCGUUACACUUUCGCCCAACGGCAAGUGGUUGGCGUGCCAGAGUUUGGAUAACAAAAUUGUCAUCUUUUCCGCCAUCAACCGUUUCAAGAUGAAUAGGAAAAAAUCUUUUACCGGACACAUGGUGUCCGGCUAUGCGUGUAAUUUGGAUUUUUCACCUGAUAUGAGUUACCUAGUGUCUGGAGAUGGUGAUGGCAAAUGCUACAUUUGGGACUGGAAGACGACAAAGCUUUACAAGAAGUGGCAAGCUCACGAAAACGUAUGCAUUGCAGCCUUAUGGCAUCCACAUGAAGCCAGCAAACUAGUUACUGCUGGGUGGGAUGGAGUAAUCAAAUAUUGGGAUUAACGAGUAUUCUUUUUUCUGUCAUGCGGUGUAAUUGAGUACUAGAACAUUGUAAAAUAAAACUGGUGAAGAUGAUUGUU